UGGUUAUUACUAGCAAGCACAACAUGAGAUAACAACAGCCUCCCAAGCCAUCGUCAUUAAGAGUAUUUUGCCGUGACAAAGGGCCUCGUAACAGAUAUUUUUCUACCAUUGUACAAUAAUGUUAAGUAGGAAGGCCAAGUGACCGAUAUAUCUAGGUGUAACUCGAGGAGAAGCGCGUCGAGAGCAGAGGAAGGAAGAAAGUUGUGCAACUGUAGGCUGGGAGAUCGCGUCGCAGGAGAUUGCUGGGCAUUUCGUGUUCUUCUGGAUGAGCCGCCUUUAGACUACCCACCAUCAUGCCCUCCAAAAACAGGAAGGUAGCCGUCAUGGGCUACAGGAGUGUUGGGAAGUCAUCCUUGUGUAUCCAGUUUGUGGAUGGCCAGUUUGUUGACAGCUAUGAUCCAACAAUCGAGAAUACAUUCACCAAGAAAAUUAAAGUCAGAGGGCAGGAAUAUGGGUUGGAAUUAGUUGAUACUGCUGGCCAGGAUGAAUAUAGUAUAUUUCCUGCUCACUAUUCCAUGGACAUACAUGGCUAUAUCCUAGUGUACUCUAUUACUUCAGAAAAGUCUUUUGAAGUGGUGCAAGUUAUCUAUGACAAGAUUCUGGAUAUGAUGGGGAAAGUCACAGUGCCAAUAGUAUUAGUGGGUAACAAGAAUGAUCUUCAUAUGGAGAGAGUGGUUAGUUCUGAUGAAGGCCGUAAAGUGGCAGAGAACUGGAAGGCAGUAUUCCUGGAGACUAGUGCCAAGCAACAUGAGGCUGUGAAUGACAUCUUCACCCGUGUAAUCUUAGAGAUUGAAAAAGCAGAUGGGAAUAUAAGUCCUGAGGGGAAGUGCAGCAUUUCGUGAAAAUCAUCUGCAAUAGGAUGGAUUCUCAACCCCUUUUUAGACUUGAACCCCUAGAUCAGUUACUAUAUCUCUGGAUGUGUCUGAUGUGUAUAAACUAAUUUGUUUGUUUGAUUGUUUAGGUAAGCAGCCAUGCCUGGUUUUUUUGAAAGGCUGAUUGAUUUUUGUAUGAAUUGCAUCAUGUUUAAAUGAGCCAUACCAUAUGACAGUUUUCUUAUUUGUAACUGAUACUGGUAGAAAUAAGCAGCAGGAAUUUUUGUUAGCACAUCAGUUUUGACAUAAGUUUUACUGGUACUAAUCAUGUUUGGGAAAACACUGCUGAUACCUUUGUUGUAUUGGGAGUUGCCAUGGAUUAUUUAGGUGAAUUUUGUCUUAGAACUAAGAGUAACUAAUAAUUAUUUAGUUAAUUUAGUGUUCACUCAUUUGUCAUACUUUUGGUCGUUUGUAUUGAGUGUUGUUCGAAAACAGUGGCUCAGGUAGAGCAGGGUUCAUGAAAACCCCCAUUUAUUCACUGCCUUUCAACAGCUACAUUAAGGAGUAAUUCAUAAGGCAAAUUUUUGUGCAUACAUAUUUUGUGGUCAUGGGAUGAUUAUAAAGAAUAAGUUUUUGCCUUUUAGAGGUACCCACCACUCAAAACUAGUGUUAGUUGAAGGCCAUAGUAUCAUAAUAUAUUUUGUACUCUUGGGUUUAUGUGGUAUGAAUUGAAUUUUUGCUACAAUGUAGCCUUGUACUGUGUGAUACAAAAUAUUGUCAUUAUACAGCACAGACUUGAUGGACUCCUUCAGACAUUAAAGCUAUUUAAUUAUGUAGCCCCUCAACUAAGGCUUUUGGCAUCUAGUGUAAAAAGAUGUAUAUUUUUUAUAUUUUUUUCUCUUUAGGUUUGCAAAGUCGAUUUUUGUUUUGUUGCAGCAGGGAAAUGACUGUUGUAGUUGGAUAUAGUUGUGUUAAUGGCUAAUAUUUUUAUACUAAUAAAAUUUUGGAAUCAUGCUGAUGAACUAAGACCCCAUCUACUAGUGUUGUUACGAGUGAAAUGCUGUUUGGGAAAAGGAGAAUUUAGUGCACUUAAACUUGAAUAUUUGCUUCAUUGAAUUUCACGUUUAGAUAAAAAAUAUGUAUAGAGGGGAAUUAUCUCUUAUUGUGCCUGGAAAAUUUAGUAUGUUGUGUUUUGGCUUCCUACUGUUUGAGGUAGGCACAUGCAUUUAAUCUACUUUUGGUUUUUAUUCCCUUGUAAAUUUUGGAAUCGCCUGUGUAAGUGUGAGGUGUUUUGUAUGGUCUCAGCAUUACACUUUAACCUGCUAUAUCAUGUUACUAACACAGUUUUUUAUGGUAACUCAUUUGCAAUCUAUUAAUGCAGGGUAACAUGAAUGAUAAGUCUUGAAAGAAACAAUAUUGUAAAGGUGAAAGAGUAACUUGUCCAGCUAUAGUUCUCAAUAGUGGGUAUGAAUAAAGGACUUUAAAUUACAGAAGUAUUGUUAAAAUGAUUAUGGGAAACAAACCUUAAGUUAUUUCUUUUAUUCUGCAUAUAGGUUGCUUUUUAUUUGGCUUUCUUUAGAAUUUUAAACACUACAUCAUAUACAUCAAUGAAAAGUCAUAUAAUAUUGAAAAUUCCCUCUAUGCCAUAUUGAAUAUUUUGUAAAGGAACUAUCUUGUUGGCUCUUGUUUUUUUGUAUAUAGUAUGUAUUCGUGAGUUUUAUCAAUGCUUGUUACCCAUCUCAAAAACCCAAGUUUAUGUCCCAUGACUAAAUUGCGACUAAGAAAAGUAAUUGAGUAAGAUUCAGUGCCCAGUACCUUUUGUUUAUUUUCUUGACUCCUUCAAUAAGGGUUGCCACAAUUAGAAUUUGAGCUUAAUCUCUCUCUCUCUCUCUCUCUCUCUCUCUCUCUCUCUCUCUCUCUCUCUCGCUCUCUCU